AUGUGGUUUUUAAGUAAACCACAGGAUGGAGAUGGCACUUUAUCGAUAUCCUAUCUGCAACUUUUUCGAUACGGGACAACCAUCGAGAAAUUAGCAACAUGUAUAGGAAUUUUCUUGGGAAUCCUAAGUGGGGGCGGAAUAAGCAUCAACCUAGCAUUACUGGGAGAAAUCAAUACGGCAUUCGUGGAGCGGACGCAUCCACCGACAGACAGAUAUAGUACAAAUUUGCCGAUAUUAUCUACGUUUGGUGGCGGCACAAGGCUGUUCAAUGCUACACACGAAGAGAACAUGGCAGCUUUGGUACAAGAUGGUAUUGCUUUAACAAUAUGUAGCUUUGUGACGGUGGGCAUGUCCUUGUUGCUCACUACUCUGAGCAUCGGGCUUAUCGGUUGGAGUGCCUUAAGACAGAUUACAACGAUACGAAUUUUGUUCCUUAAGUCUGUGCUGCGCCAGGAUAUGUCCUGGUUCGAUACGGAUACCGAAUUUAAUUUAGCAUCAAAGAUGUCAGAGAACAUAACAAAGAUAAAAGAAGGAAUGGGAGAAAAAUUAGGAGCUGUGUCAAAUUUAAUAGGCACCUCCCUAUUCUGCUUAUGUAUUUCAUUUCCAUUGGGAUGGGAACUGACUCUCGCUUGUGCUACUUUGAUACCUUUCUGCGUCGCUGCGGCCGUCGCGCUAACUAGUUAUCAAACAAAAUCAGCAAUUCGCGAGAUGGAAUCUUACAGUCAAGCAGGCAAGCAUGCAGAAGAAAUUAUGAAAUCUGUUAGAACUGUAGUAGCAUUCGGCGGUGAGAACAAAGAAGUUGACAGGUACAGUAAUCUGCUGCAACCUGCAGAACAAUAUGGCUGUAAACGAGGCUUUUAUAGUGGACUUGGAAACGGUUUUAACUGGAUAUUAACAUUUUGCCUUAAUGCAAUUGGGAUAACUUAUGGAGCCCGUUUGGUAAUUCGAGACAUGUACAGGCCGGAAGAGGAACAGAAAUAUUUUGUUGGAGUAGUAUUAAGUAUUUUAUUUAAUAUAUCAAUGGCCACACAAUCACUGACAGUCUGCAUACCACACAUUGAAGUAUUUGCUGCAGCUCGUGGAGCCGCCACCGGUAUAUUCCAAUUAUUAGACAAAAUUCCGAAAAUAGAUAGCUCUGCAAAGACUGGAAUUUCGCCAGAAAGUGUUCUUGGUGAAAUAACUCUGGACAACGUAAAUUUUAGUUAUCCUUCGCGGCCAGACAUGAAGAUUCUAAACAGUUUCUCCGCAACUAUUAAACCUGGAGAAUGUGUAGCACUCGUGGGAUCAUCUGGUUGCGGUAAAUCGACUGUACUGCAACUAUUACAAAGACUGUACGAUCCUCUCUCAGGAUCAAUUAAGCUUGAUGGAACAGAUUUAAAUAAGAUUAAUUUGAAGCGGCUCCGAUCAUGUUUGGGUGUGGUGGGCCAAGAGCCCGUUUUAUUUAGCGGCACCAUAUUCGAAAAUAUAGCGAUCGGUUAUGAAGAAGCAACACAAGAAGAAGUUGAAAGGGUUGCAUCUAUAGCAUAUGCACAUGACUUUAUUAAAAAUCUCCCUAUGGGUUACAACACAGUCAUUGGAGAACGCGGUGCAUCACUAUCAGGUGGUCAGAAACAGCGCAUUGCGAUCGCUCGCUCUUUGUUGCGUGACCCGCCAGUGCUGCUGUUGGACGAAGCCACAUCUGCACUCGACCCGCACUCUGAGAGACAAGUACAGGUAGCACUUGACCGAGCUAGUGUUGGCCGUACUACUAUUAUGGUAUCGCACAGAUUAGCUACAAUAGUAAACGCCGAGCGCAUUAUAUGCAUGGACAAAGGAGUUAUUGUAGAACAAGGUACACAUGAGGAACUUAUAAAAAUGAAAGGUUUCUAUUACAAUUUGGUGGUAGCUGAUAAUCAGGGAAACGACAAAUUUAAGCCACUUGAAGAAAUCGUAGACUUGGCAGAAGGCAUUGAAGAAGAAAAUGAUAUUGAAAAUGAUACUAAGUUACGCAUUGAUGAUAUAAGAAACGAUAGACGAAAAUAUGAAAAUCGUCGACGAAUGCAGAGACAAAAUUCAGUAAAAGACUAUCAGGGUUGGAUGACACCCGGAGGCUCUAUUUCUUCAGCAAUGUCAGUCGGCUAUCAAGUUUUCAUGCAACACGACGAAUCCGAAACUAAAAAUGAGGAAGAUGAACUUGCAGAAAUGAGUGAAUGGCAGAUAUUAAAGUUAAAUUCCCCUGAGUGGAUUUAUACCACCAUAGGCGCUCUAGCAGCAAUUGGUCAAGGUGCUUGCUUCCCAGUUUUUGCUCUGCUAUUGGGUUUAGUAACAUCGAUAUUUGUCCUUAAAGACCAUAAUGAACUGCUCUAUUUUGCUGACUUAUAUGCAGGUCUUUUUGUUUUGGUGUCAAGUUUUGCAGGAUUAUGCAUGCUUCUACAAAGCUUUACGUUUACAAGAGGCGGUCUCAAAAUGACUACAAGAUUAAGAACACAGUACUUUGCAGCUUUGCUACGACAGGAAAUAGGGUUUUAUGACAAUCAGAAUAAUACAGUGGGUGCUAUUUGUGGGCGACUGAGCGGUGACACGGCUGAAGUACAAGGUGCCACAGGAUUGCGAAUCGGCAUCAUAUUGCAAGGAAUUAGUUCAGUGGCAAUCGGGAUUGCUAUGGGAAUGUUAUACGAUUGGCGUUUAACACUAGUUUCUUCCACAUUUUUACCAUUGAUGGUGGGUAGCAUUUGGCUAGAAGGCCGAAUAUCAAGGAAGUCGCAACUAGACGAACGUAAGGCUAUGGAAGCUGCUACCAGUGUCGCGACAGAAGCUGUAGUUAGCAUCAAGACGGUACAAAGCCUAGGUAUAGAGGAAGUAUUUCUGCGGAAAUUCGAACAGUCACUCCACGAGGGUUGCUCCGCGAUACUACCAAAGUUGCGCUGGCGCGGUCUGGUAUUGGGUAUGGGUAUUUACAUGUCAUUCUUAUCGCCUUGCUGCGCUAACGCCUACGGUGCCGCCAGGAUAGCCACUGGUUCCCUGGACUACAAAGUUGUAAUUUUGGUCACCGAGGCUUUGAUAUUCGGAGCCUACAUAUUAGGUCAGACACUGGUGUAUGCGCCCAGUAUGACCAAUGCUAAAAGAUCUGCAGCAAGAAUCGUUUCCGUGAUUAAGAGAGAACCAGUAGUAAAGACAGAAAGCUGUGUCAAUGACGACAAAGAUUGGGCCGCUAGUGGAAGUUUCAGCUUAAAUGAAGUAGAAUUCAGCUAUCCGACAAGAAAGAAGCAUAGAGUUCUGAGAGGUAUAAACUUAAGAGUGGAAAGCGGAAAGACUGUGGCUUUAGUUGGAUCUUCUGGAUGCGGAAAGUCUACUAUAUUGCAACUAAUGCAAAGGUUUUAUGACCCGGACUCUGGAACUAUUGAGCUGGACGGAGCAAACACCAGGACUGCUCUCACCCUACCCCGACUGCGCCAACAGCUGGGUGUAGUGCAACAAGAGCCUGUACUCUUUGACAGGACCGUAGCUGAGAAUAUUGCUUACGGCGACAAUACUAGAAAGGUCGAAAUUAGUGAAAUUAUCGAAGCUUGCAAAGCUGCAAACAUACAUGCAUUUAUCACUUCUCUACCAGACGGAUAUGACACAAACCUCGGUGCUAGUGGUGCUCAAUUGUCAGGCGGCCAGAAGCAGCGAGUAUGCAUCGCACGUGCUCUGGUUAGGUCGCCUCGAUUGCUCCUACUAGACGAAGCCACCUCGGCGUUAGACACGAGCAGUGAACAAGUUGUUGCAGAAGCACUAGAGGUAGCAGCUAAGGGUCGCACCUGUAUCACGAUUGCUCAUCGACUAUCAACUAUUAAAAACUCGGACAUAAUAUGCGUAUUGGAGAAAGGUAGAAUCGUGGAGCGAGGUAAUCAUGAACAACUCGUCAAGAUGCAAGGACUGUAUUACAAUAUGUGUAAAGGCCAGAAUAUGACAUGA